AUGGAGCAAGAUAUUAUCAGACCUUAUAAAAUUUGUGAUGUGAACCGAGAUAAAAAGAAAGGAAUAGUUGCAUCGUCACUUGAAGAUUUACUUACAAAAGUGCCUGAUAAACUAGGAAUGCCGUCGGAAAAUUUAACAGUCGUUUUGGAGUCCGAUGGCACUGAAGUCGAUGAUGAAGAAUAUUUCUCGACUUUAGAUCCUGAUACAUCGCUUAUGAUUUUACAUGGAAACGAGAAGUGGGCUCCAAAUAUGCCUAAGUGUCAAGUGUCUUUGGACCAAACUGACGACAUAGCUUUAGGAGGUAAAGGACAAGUAGCUAAUUUGGUUGGUCGUCUCCAACACAAUCUAUGUCACAUCUCACUAUUAGGUGGUCAAGAUUUGGAACUAUUAUCAGACAUGGAUCCAGAUAGUCUUGCGGAUAUUGUAACAGACAGAGACAAUAGAAUAAUUUUGGAACACAUCAAGGAAGCUUCAGGAAGAAUACUGCUAGAAAAACGACAAGCACAGGAUGCAAUGGAAUUGUUGAAAUUGUACCAUCAGAGUGUAGCUAAUGGAACUGAAGAUUUGACACCACCAAAACAAGAGAGAGUGAAUGAACCUGUGUAA